GCGCAGUUUACACAUUAGGAAAGACCCCCGGGUUGCAACUCACCGGCCUUCGGAUAACGUCGAUCCCAAAAGACAACACAGCGACGACCUGCACUCAGUCUGAGUCUGAGACGAGGGACUCUGUAAGUAGUUCGGGGAGACACCAGUAGCUAGAUCGAUCCGGAGCUACGGGACGUACUAUCUCGAAACACUUGCAACUCUCGGGAGAGCGACAAGGUGUAUAAGUAUGUGUCCGAAGGAAAGGUGGGCGGCUGGAGCUCCAGCUCUGAUCGUAUUUGUAUGGCUCGGCGCUUCCUGUCUGUCAUCGGUGACUACUGCUGCACUUUUCGUGGGAGAGGGCACUAAAUGGAAAAGCUGGUCGUCGAGUUCCGGUGUCUACCCCUCCAAUACAUGGGACAAAGUGACUGCUGUUCUAGAGGAAGCUAAGAAGAAUGCAACUUUCCCGGGUUGUGUGGCAGCAGUGGGCAAUGAGAGUGGCCUGAUAUACACCCAGCCACUGGGCUCCUUUACCUAUGGAGACCCCGACCCAGUCUCACACACCAACCCUCCCAUGACUCCCGACACGAUGUUUGAUCUGGCCAGCCUGACAAAGGUCCUGGCUACUACCACUGCCUCAAUGAUCCUCUACCAGAGAGGCCACCUGGACCUUGACAUGAAGGUUAGUGACCCAGAGUUACUGGGACCUGACUUUGCCCGGAAUGGCAAGGAGGCUAUCACAGUCAGGAACCUACUGCUGCACAAUGCUGGAUUUCCUCCUGACCCAAAGCCUAACUAUUGGGAUGUAGCAUUUGGUUGUCCACAGACGGCCCAAUACUACCCAAAGGAAGACUUCAGCUGUCAGGCAAUGAUCUAUGCUGCCCUACUCAACCAGAGUCUCCAGUAUUCUCCUGGGACUAAGUAUAUCUACUCAGACCUGAGUAUGAUCACUAUGAUGCACGUCGUUGGAACACUGGCCAGAGACCACGGCUAUGUGGAGCCGUCAGACCUGAACGUGGAGUGUGUCCACCACCAGCCCAACUCCUCCCACUCCCUCCCCUACCUCACCCAGUGCUACUACGAGGCCUUUGUGAGGAGGCGCGUGGCAGAGUACCUGGGACUCCAGCAGCUCCUGUUCCUUCCUCCCAGGAGCCCCACGUGGGCCCUGACUGCCCCCACCUGGAAUGACACCGUGUACCGCCAUCAGGUCAUGCAGGGUUUUGUGUCGGAUGGCAACUCCUAUGCUUUGGGUGGCAUAUCUGGACAUGCAGGGUUGUUCAGCCGAGCGAGCGACAUCCACACUCUGUUACACCACCUCAUGUUUGCCUCGUCCACCGACCUGUGGAUAAACAGCACCACCGUCCACACAUUCACCACAGUAUGGCCAUGCACGGUGUACAAUACGAGCCAAUCAAGUAGGGCUCUUGGCUGGGACACUAACAACUAUCAUGUCAAGUCGACAGAUGAGAGGCUUUGUGGUGCACUGUCAUCUGAAACGUUCACCCACACCGGCUACACUGGGACCCAGGUGUGUUGCGAUCCUGUCGGGAAAGUCAUCACCAUUCUGCUCACCAAUCGCUGCUACAAGACAGACUCCAUUCACACCAAAGAGCUCAUUGCACUCACGAGGAGGCUAUUCAACGACGCCGUGGUACAAGUGCUUCACUGACACAUUCCACAGUGUCCAACACCAUUAUCUGUGAUGUGGGCUUUUACACUGUAACUGUAGCUCUGAACAUUUUACUACGUGUUUUUUUUCAAUAGUUGCCGUAAAUUUUUUAUUGUCGUAAUCACUACACAGUAUUGUUAUGUACAUAAUAUGUAUGUGCCUCCCUAAAUAUUUUUCUCAUUACCCUACAUACUGCAUAUUUGAAGAGUUGGGAUGGUAUUGUACCUCCUGGGAACGUGUCACUGUCUGCCUGUGAUGAUGUCCCACUCGCUAAUCCCAUAAUACACACACACACACACUUGUGUAAUACCAAUUGAGAUGCAUCCCAAUUCUCAUCAGCUAUUUCUUUGAAGUCCAUACUUUCCCUAGACAUUGACUG